AAGAUUCUAUAGAAGAUUUCAUAAAGGUGAACGAAAUAGAAUUAGAUGAUAAUAGUAAUGGUGAUGAAGCAGAUAAUAUACAAGAAUUCAAUUUUCUUGUUAAACCAAAAUCUAAAGAAAAAGAGGCAAUUGAAGAAGAAUCUGAUGAAUUUGAUAUUGACGAAAAUAUAUAUUUUAGCGAAGACAAAGCAGAGGAAGAAGGCGAACUAUUAACUUCGAUGCCUUAG